ACGUACAAUUAACCGUCUCCGUCGUACCGCAUCUUCUGUCUCUAUAUUCUUGCAGAUUGAACGUUUCGUUAGCGAUCAUGCCGCGCGUGUCUUCGUUAUCGGUGUUAUCACUAAACAGCGCGAGUGGAAAAAUCCGUUGAGUUGCGGGAUCGGUCGUCCCUCCGUUCCCUACGCCCACGGCCCACACGCGAAACAGCAAGAAACGGCUGCGUUUGAAAGGAAACGAGCAUGCGGUAGAUGAAUGAAAUUUCUGGCGAUAAUUGAAGAAAAAAAAAAUAUUGAUGUCUACAGAGAUAUAUACGGGAUGUUCCAUUUAGAACUCGUUUUAAUAACACUGACCAAUUCGGAGUAAGUUUCUUCUUAAAGAAAAUGUCCAGGGAACUGAAGAUUAAUUUAUAACUCCCUCGUGAACAUAAUUUCCCAAACGGGACAUAUGAUAUGUCGUAAAAACGUCACAUCAUAAGACGUUUUUAAGACAUUAUAUGUCCCGAUUUGGGGCAUGCGUGUUGCCCGGAUCGCCAUAGGAAAAUUCUAACGUGUCCACGUUUUAGGUGCGCCGCUUCCACAAAUAGAAUUGCGUAAUUCCAACAAGAGGGUCCUGUCCUAUGAAUCCCUCCUUCUAUAUAUAUAUGUUCGUCGCAUUCGGACUUCGGAGUCGACUCUUCGAUCUGUUUUCCGACGACCAGUUAUGUACCGGACACGUGUCUCUGCGCGAAAACGUAUAAAUUCUCCGCCAUUCAUUAACGGAUUAACGCGAUGGAGAGCACGCAGUUUGGAAAACUCGUUAACGCGAUGGGAAGCGCGCGUUUCGAAACACAAAGAUCAUUAACGACAGUAGCGAUAACGUUAAAAGGCUUGGUCGAGGCAUGUCUCACGCGCUGACGCGUGCAUUUUAAACGGCUUGUGUGUACUACACUGUAUUAACUAUAUAUGUAUGGAGCAGCUGCGCAUAUAUAUCUGUGUGUGUUCAAUAUAGAGCUUAGAAUGUCCAGUGUUUUUCAUCAGAAUGUUUUAUCAUUAAAUAUAAUAUUCGCGAUUUUGUACUCGUUGUUAUCGUCGUCGGUAACCUAAGAUGAAUGAAGAGACAUCACCAAAGAAAUCAUGCAUUUCUCCAACUAUUUCUCAGGAUCAUGGCUUGAAAACUGGGCUUACCAAAACAAAUGCUGUACGAAAGGUACAACUCAAGGAGGACUUCAAUCCAGAAUUAGAGCCACUGCUUCAGGAAGGCUCAAACCGCUUUGUAAUUUUCCCUAUUCAAUAUCCUGAUAUCUGGGAUAUGUACAAAAAGGCUGUAGCCUCCUUUUGGACCAUAGAAGAAGUAGCUCUUCACAAGGUAGACAAGAAGGACUGGGAUGAAAAGCUAAGUUCCGACGAGAAACAUUUUAUCUCUCAUGUUUUGGCAUUCUUCGCCGCUUCCGAUGGUAUCGUUAAUGAGAAUCUGAUUGAGAGAUUUAGUCAGGAAGUGAAAAUCGCCGAAGCACGUUGUUUCUACGGCUUCCAAAUCGCUAUAGAAAAUAUUCAUUCUGAAAUGUAUUCUUUGCUCAUUGAAACUUAUAUUUCUGAUCCGAAAGAAAAAGAUUUCUUAUUUAAUGCAAUCGAAACACUUCCUUGUGUGGGAAAGAAGGCCAAUUGGGCAUUGAACUGGAUCAAUCAGGAUGGUGCUACGUUUCCUGAACGUGUAGUUGCGUUCGCGGCAGUUGAGGGUAUCUUCUUCAGCGGCAGUUUUGCAGCGAUUUUCUGGCUGAAGAAACGAGGAGUCAUGCCAGGGCUCACCUUUAGCAACGAACUCAUCUCGCGAGACGAGGGAUUGCACUGCGAUUUCGCGUGCUUAAUGUUUAAACACAUCGUACAAAAGCCGUCGUUCGAGCGUGUGAAGUCGAUCAUAAUGGACGCCGUCGAAAUCGAAAAAGAAUUUUUGACUCAGGCGUUGCCGGUCGAACUGAUAGGAAUGAAUUGCACACUUAUGUGUAACUACAUCGAAUUCGUCGCGGACAGAUUGUUCGUUGCAUUAGGAUUUGAAAAAGUUUACCAUUCGGAGAAUCCGUUCUCGUUUAUGAAUUUCAUCUCUCUGGAGGGGAAGACAAAUUUCUUUGAGAAGAAAGUGGGCGAAUACAAGAAAUUUGGUGUCGCGGAAGAAGGUUCUCAAAAGAAGAGCAGCAUGUCAAGUGUGGUGUUUGGUGCAAAUUUUUAAUACAAAAGGUUUAAAUAUACAAAUAUAAAACAAACAAAAAAUAUUGCAUACGCUCCACGAUGGAGAAAAAGAAGGACACAUCAAUAAUUUUCCGUGACUUUGAAAUAAUUUUAUAUAUAACGAUAAAGUUUUGAGAAAAAAUCUUUGACAAAUAUUCGCGAGAGGAAAUGUUUGUAUAGUGUUUAUAGAAUAUAUAUAAGUUGACGGCAUCAACAAAAAGGGUAUUAUACACGCAUUUUUGCAUAUUUUCAGUUACAAUCGUAAUUUUUGAAAUGCUAUUUUACCAGUAGUAUGUUUCAAAAAAGUAUAGCUUUAAUCUAUGAAAUUUUUAAUGUUAUUUUUUUAUAUUUAAUUCCUAUUGCAACUGAUGAGAAAACUUUAGGAAGAAAAAAAAUUAUUGUACAAAUAAUGCUUCUAAAAAGUUGUUCUGUGAUUAGAAUACUUUUCCAUGAUGCCGUCAAAUUGUUUGACAAGCUUUUGAGAAGCAAACCGUGUUUGUCAAGAUCUUAAAAAUGUACAGAGUAUUAUUGAUUGAAACAAAUUUUAAUUUAUUGUAUAGAGACUAAGCGCGAUAUUUGUGACACUUUCGGAAAUGUUUUUUUUUGGAUUUGAUUAAGAUUUAUUUUAUAAUUGAACAACUCAAUUAAAGAGUUAGACAUUAAUAUUCAUUUCUUGUCAGAAAGUUAAAAUAUAUGAGCAUGAUAAAAGCUUUUGUCUCAUGUACACUUCCAUUAUAAAAUCUUACUAAUGAUUGGACAUAUCGAAAAAAAAUACUAUAAAUUUGAAUAAAUAAUCACAUAAAUACAGAGUCUCGAGUACUUAAAAACUUAAAACUGCAACUUAAAAUAGUAUUCGUAUAGAUAAGUCUUUGCAUGUAUGUAAACAAUAACUAUGUGGCAAUAAAGCUAAUUAAAUAAAGCUUCUUUUAUUACGAUUGAA